ACCGUCCAUUCAAAUUUGGUUCCUCGUUUCUAAAGGGAUUCAAACUUUACUACAAAAAAAUAAAAAUGGAAGCUCCAACCAAUAUUACAAUUAAAGGGAUUCUUGGACUGCUAACAGCCAAUACAGAUGGGUGCAAGCAGGUGAUUUCUCUGGGCAUGGGCGACCCGACCGCUUAUUCGUGUUUUCGAACAACUCGUGCUGCUCAAAACUCUGUUGUCGAAGCUCUUCAAUCUGCUAAAUUCAAUGGAUAUUCUCCUACCGUUGGCCUCCCUCAAACCAGAAAGGCAAUUGCAGAGUAUUUGUCCAAAGAUCUCCCAUACACAUUGCAGCCUGAUGAUGUUUACAUAACAGCUGGUUGUACGCAAGCUAUCGAAACAACGCUCUCCAUUCUGACCCGGCCGGGCGCCAACAUCUUGCUGCCAAGGCCAGGCUUCCCCAUCUAUGGGCUAUGCGCCGCCUUUAGGCAUCUCGAGGCUCGCUACUUUGAUCUCCUUCCUCACAACCAAUGGGAGGUCGAUCUGGAGGCAGUCCAGGAUCUCGCAGACCACAACACCGUUGCAAUGGUCGUCAUAAAUCCCGGAAAUCCAUGUGGAAAUGUUUACACAUAUCGCCAUCUCAAGGAGAUCGCUGAGACUGCGAAGAGGCUAGGCAUUGUGGUGAUUGCAGAUGAAGUGUACGGGCAUCUGGCUUUUGGCGCGGAUCCAUUUGUGGCCAUGGGAGUGUUUGGGUCCGUUGCACCGGUGAUCACUCUAGGAUCUUUGUCCAAGAGAUGGUUGGUGCCCGGUUGGCGCCUCGGAUGGUUGGUUACUAGCGAUCCUCAUGGCAAUAUCUUGAAGAGCCCUAAGUUCAUGGAGCGCCUCAAGAAGUACUGUGACAUCAAUGGAGGCCCUGCCACCUUCAUACAGGCAGCAGUGCCGGCCAUUGUAGGAGAAACGCAGCAAGUUUUCUUCACAAAGACGAACAACUUACUGAAGCAGACUUCCGAAAUUUGUUAUUGGAAGAUUAAAGAGAUUGAUUGCAUUAGUUGUCCAUCUAAACCACAAGGAUCAAUGGCUUUGAUGGUGAAGCUGAAUGUUUCAUUGCUCAAAGAUAUAAGUGAUGAUAUUGAUUUCUGUUUCAAGCUGGCCAAAGAGGAAUCUGUCAUAUUGCUACCAGGAGCUGCAGUAGGCCUCAAGAAUUGGCUAAGAAUCACAUUUGCAGUUGAGCCAUCUUCUCUCCAUGAAGCGUUGCAAAGAGUUCAUUCUUUUUGCCAAAGGCAUUCUUGCAAUUGAAAUAUAGAUAUACACAUGAAACUCUUAAUUUUGUGUACGAACAAACCACCUUAAUUUCCUUUUAGGUAAUCCAAAGUUGCCUAUUA